CGCUCUCCGGCCGCGCGCCGCCGCGCCGUGCCCGACGACGUGUCGUACGGCAUCCCCCGGCUCAUGAGAGACCUCGACAGCGGCCUGAAGGACCCUGACGAGACGGACAGCGGUCUGUGCCGCUCCACGCGCGACGACGCCGAGCUGUCUCUAGACAGGUCCCUCAGAGACGACCUCGACGACUAUGACGCGCAACAAAACAGCGGCGUCGACGAAAUAAUGCUGUCGUCCGUUGACCAGUGCCGGGAGCCGCACCGCCUCUCUCCGCGGGGCUCACCGCUGCUGAGGCGCCACGUGGCGCCGUCUAGCGGUCGGACUUCACCUUCGGGCGCCGCCACCGCACAGAUGGCGCUGUACGAGCCGACUGGGCCGCCCGACCGCACAUACAAAGUGGUGUUCGCCGGCGACGCGGCCGUCGGCAAGUCGACCUUCAUCACACGCAUCUGCAAGGGUGUGUUCGUCACCAACAUCAGCUCCACGCUGGGUGUGGACUUCCAGGUGAAAACACUGUGCGUGGACGACAAGAACGUCGCCAUUCAGCUCUGGGACACCGCCGGUCAGGAGCGGUUUCGCUCCAUCACGAAGUCCUACUUUCGACGGGCAGACGGUGUCAUGCUGCUCUACGACAUCACCAGCGAGAGAUCUUUCCUGAACGUGCGGCAGUGGGUGCAGAGCAUUGACGAGGUGACGGACAGCCGGGUGCCCGUCAUGCUGUGUGCCAACAAGUGCGACAUGCGGCCGCUGCUGGCCCAGGAGGGCAAGCCGUGCCUCAGCCGACAGCAGGGCGAGGCGCUGGCCCGCCAGUUCGGCGCCCACUUCCAUGAAACCAGCGCCAAGACCGGCGAAGGCAUGCUGGAGGCGGUGGUGGAGCUGGGCAGACGAAUGCUCACCAACGAGGACGUCGAGGUGCAGACCUCUGCUCUGAAGGUAGCCGAUGACGCCAAGAAGAACGGAAGCUGCUCGGGCGGCAACUCACCAGCCAGCUGCUAAGAAAUAAUCCCCGUCGCAGCAGCGUUUAAGCAUUACCAGCGACAUGGUCGUCAGUGCAUGCUACUCCAUCUGCCUUCCCUCCAACAAAAGUAGCUGCAAUCGCGCUUGGUGCUCUUGAGGCGCUUUGCUCUACGAAUGUGUUCUUAGCCGUAGAGAUUCAUUUAACAAGUGAAUCCGUUGCCGACCCGGGCCAACUGACCUGCCGGCAUUGCUAGGCGUGGUGGUUUCGAAACAAAGCGAUGUAUGUUUGUGAUCUAAAAUGAUAUGCUUGUCAUCUGUUUGUGUCAGAGGCAAGACAACGCGUGAUGCAUCAAGAGUUUAAUGUGACUGGCGUAAGAUCUCGCAUAAAACCACGUCACAGAAAUUGUUUUGGCUUUAAAUUUUUAACGGCAUUUUGAUCGUUUGAUAUUCUAAGCUAAUUUACUAGGUUUCAUCUUUUCCGACAUCAUAUUCCCUAUGCCCUGUGAUGUGGAAUGCUUCGCCCAUUUUCAGAGCACAUUUAAUGGCUCAGGCAUGACUGCACAUGACAUGCAUUAAUUCAAGUAACUGUUUCCCUUUGCCCAUAUCACCUACACACGGUCCCGUUGAGCUUUGUACUUAUGUGCCGUCGUGAUAUCUGUAUAUGUGCGUGCAUGCUAGGUUAAGAUCAGGUGACAGCACGUUCACCUAAAGGAAUCUUCGAUUUGAUCUAAAAUUCCUCUCAAAAACUUCCAUGGACCUCUGUCUCUAAGGUUAAUUUCGACUCAUUGCCUUUCACAGUUGGGUCAAAACCCUCCCUCAAAAACAUUGCACAAAAGGCAAUUGGGCUCAGGCCAAAAAAAACAUAGUCUUUACUUAUCUCCACAAUCCAAACAUGAUACUUUGCUAGUUCAUUCAAUGAGCAAACUGCGCCUGAAAAGGUCCAGUCUUUGAUAAAAAUAAAAUGGGUGGCUGUUUUACAGGCAAACUCAUAUGGAUACAAAUUUAAACUGGAACCUUCCGAAAAGAAAAGGGGAGAAAUCCCACUGACAGAAUCAUGAACUAUCUUGUUGGUGGCAUCUCGAACUGGCACACGAAUUUUUUGGUAUACGCACACCGCCUGAUGUAUUACUGUAUAGCAGCAAUCAAGACUGAGUAUGAAUUUAUUAUUCAAAACAAUCCGCUCUUGUCCUACGAAAUUUUAUUAAGACAUCAUUAAGGCAACUGUAGUUCUUCAUCACCACAUCGCUGCAGCAAGAACGAGCUGUUCGCCAUUUCCGUAGGAGACUUGUUAACACUUUCGCCGGAUGAAAAUGAGAGAGUUGCUCUUAGUUGCUCUUAAUUGGUGGAAAGUAGAGCUCUGCCCUAGCUUUCCAAAGACGUGUGCUAAAUUCCUAGGAAAACGGCAUUGGAUAGUGAGCAUACAGUUAAAUCAGAAUGAAGAUAUUCAAUUCCAGGGUAGAGCAAAUCAAAACAGGCAAACAAUACGAAAAAGUAAAACCCAUCUGUGCUUGGCAUGCCAUCCACCCCUCAACUCAAACCUAACGGGUCGCCUCUGACUGUGUGCUGGUUGGACAGAGCACGACAUAAAUGGAAAGUUUGUAUUUGAUUGUAGAUAAUACCCCACUGAUAAUUGUAAAUGUUAAUGUAAAUGAUGAUUGUAAAUGUUACCGCUUGACCAUUGACGUCACCAAGAUUUGACACGUGGACCAGCCAGCAGGGGCGGGGAAGUAAAUCGAAGCCCUAGGGAGCCAAACCGAUUUCGAGAGUAAGCAGAGGCGACGCAGGAUACCCGCUGGAGACCCAGCCUCAAAGCUUUUCAUCUGGACUUUUCCAACUUUCACAUUCAUCCCUUUCAUUUCCUCUACUUCUUCAAGUAAGACCUUUUUACUAGUUGGCUCUAAUUUGCCUAUUUUUUGGUUCUUUUCAUUCGCAUUCCACCCCGUUUUUUAUUUCCUUUCUCCCGGACAACUUUCGGAGGUGGUAUUCAGUGAUUUUCCUUUGGCUGGUUGAUGUUGGGAAAAUAACACUUCAUGACGUUGCAGUCAUAACUUUGUGCUGGGUGCCGCUAGUUAGGUUGCUAUGGGCCCCUCCCAUAUUAAAACAUGUGAACCGAUCUAACAUAGUCCUUCACAAUAUACGUCACAAGUGCAUUCAUGGGAUUUCGACCUGUCAUGUGCCUAGUUUCACGAAGGAUAUUGAGUGACUUGUAACCUCACAAAAACGCAAAACACUACUCGCACAUGGUACUUUGGGACGCUGAUCGUGUAAUGUGACAAAUACUAAUUUGUGUGUUAUAGUCAUUGGAUGUUGGUUGCUACGCCUAGCAAAAGACUUACAUGAAUACAUGCUUCUG